CGCUUGAAAAACACAGGUUGUGUUUGUGCAGGCUUGCAGACAUUGCAACAUCGGCCGACUGUCGCUGCCUCUCAGAUGUGAUCUCACCAGUGCCCAAGUGGAGAAUCGGAAAGGUCGCCCUGACCCAGGAGAAGAAAAAAAAUACACUUAUUGAUCUCAUAAACAAGGACUGCAGCACUGAUGGGGGAUUUAAGGCAGACUAUCGGGGUCAUGUCACAGACAAUAUGCCCAAGUUCCCCAGCUGCUUCCGAGGAGGACCUAAAAACUCCAGAUGCUGGACAGCAGAAGAUGCAGAUGAAGAGGGAGAUUUCCCUCAUCAACGGAAUCUGCCUCAUAGUGGGCAACAUGAUAGGAUCUGGGAUCUUUGUCUCGCCGAAGGGCGUUUUAAUGUACAGUGGCUCUUUCGGGCUCUCCCUGCUGAUCUGGGCUCUUGGAGGCUUGUUCUCUGUGUUCGGAGCCCUUUGCUACGCGGAGCUUGGUACCACGAUCCCCAAAUCCGGAGCCAGCUACGUCUACAUCCUGGAGUCGUUUGGUGGCUUCCUGGCUUUCAUUCGCCUGUGGACGUCUAUUCUGCUGAUUGAGCCAGCCAGCCAGGCUGCAAUCUCCCUGACAUUUGCUUUUUAUCUGGUGGAGGCUCUCUACCCAACCUGCCAGCCACCAUACGAUGGAGUGCGACUCCUCGCUGCAGCCUGCCUCUGUAUAUUAAUCUUCGUUAACUGUGCUUAUGUGAAGUGGGGGACUCGGGUCCAGGACAUCUUCACAUAUGCAAAACUCAUGGCCCUCUUCCUUAUAAUCAUCGUUGGAAUCCUGAAAAUAGCGACGGGAAAAACAAAUAGUUUUGAAAGUCCAUUUGAGGGGUCCUCAACAGAUCCUGGAGCUAUAGCGUUGGCUCUCUACUCAGCACUGUUCUCCUACUCUGGCUGGGAUACACUUAACUUUGUCACAGAGGAAAUUAAGAAUCCUGAGAGGAAUCUCCCCCUUGCCAUUGCCAUCUCCAUGCCCAUCGUGACCAUCAUUUAUCUACUGACCAACGCUGCAUACUAUGUGGUUCUAGACAUGCCGUCUGUGCUGGCCAGCGAUGCUGUUGCCGUGACGUUUGGAAAUGCUGUGCUUGGUCCGUUCCACUGGAUCAUCCCUGUGUCGGUGGCCAUGUCCUGCUAUGGAGGACUGAACGCGUCCGUCAUCGCUGCUUCACGGCUGUUCUUUGUUGGAGCCAGGGAGGGCCACCUCCCCAAUAGUCUGAGCCUGAUCCACCUGAACCGCUACACACCCGUACCUGCUCUGCUAUUCAACGGGAUCAUGGGUCUGAUCUUCCUGUGUGUGGAGGACGUGUUCCAGCUCAUCAACUACUUCAGCUUCAGUUACUGGCUUUAUGUCGGUCUCUCUGUGGCCGGCCUCAUCUACCUGCGCAUCAAUCAGCCAGAGAGGUACCGACCAGUCAAGCUCAGCUUGUUCUUCCCCAUCGUUUACUGCAUGUGCAGCCUGUUCCUGGUCAUCGUGCCUCUGUACGGAGACACCAUCAAUUCUCUCAUAGGGAUCGGCAUCGCUCUGUCAGGUGUGCCCGUCUAUUUCGUCACUGUUUACCUGCCCGAGGAGAGGAAGCCCCGAUUUUUAAUCAAACUCAACGCCUUUAUCACCAAAUACACACAGAUGUUGCUCUACUGCUGCCUGACCGAGUUCGACCCUGAAACAGGAACGCCGGCAUCCAGUAAAACGCAGUGAGAUGCAGACAGCCUCCUCCCUUCAUCCGUCUGCUUUCUGGACACUGGGGAUGCAGGGCCCUGUGUGGACACACUGGGGAAAAGCAGUUUGAUGUGUUUGUGGGAAUUAUUUUUCUCAGGCCAGGACGGCUAAAGGUCUAACAUCUUAAAGGACUCACUGAGAAGGAGCACCUUCAAACUGGUGAUUUUUUUUCCUUUUUUAUGUUCUGAGAAUAUCUUCUGUGAGGAUUUUAAGACAACAUUUGAAACAAAUGUAUGGCCAAAGCACAUGUUUUAAAAAGCUUCUAAGAGAUAGGAACAGAAUUCAGACAUCUGCCAGGCUUAUGCUGGCAGAAACAUAUAAAAUAGGGUUAUUUUAGUCAUUAAGGGGCAGUUUAACAAUUUAUUUACAUAUUAAGCCAAAACUUAAUACGUAAAUAAUUUUAAGGCGCAGUGAAAUAGUUGUUUUAAUCCAGUGUUCCUUGAUGCCGAUGGCAUUCAACUUUGAAAAGGAUUAAAUUAGCAAGGAGCUGCCAGGUCUAGAUCAGAUACCAUAUCUCUGCGCCAAUGCUACCCGACUUUUACACUUCC